AUGGCCAGGGAGCAGUCAGAGUCCUGCUGCUGCCUCCUGGGAUGGAGCCCUAAGGAGGUCCUGAGCUUCCCCUACCCCUGCUGGACUCAGCCUCCUCCCUGCAUAAAGCCCAGGGCUGCAGAGCAGCCGCUCUCCUCGGACCUGAACUGGGCCCUCACAGGACUGGAAGAAAGCUCUGGGACCAUGGUUGGACUGAAGCCUUCAGAGAUGCCUCCGACAACAGCUGUGAAGUUCCUGGGGGCGGGCAUGGCGGCCUGCUUUGCUGACCUCCUCACCUUCCCACUGGACACAGCCAAGGUCCGCCUGCAGAUCCAGGGGGAGAACCAGGCAUCCCAGGCGGCCAGGAGCGUCCAGUACCGCGGCGUGCUGGGCACCAUCCUGACCAUGGUGCGCACCGAGGGCCUCCGCAGCCCCUACAGCGGGCUGGUCGCCGGCCUGCAGCGCCAGAUGAGCUUCGCCUCCAUCCGCAUCGGCCUCUACGACUCUGUCAAGCAGCUGUAUACCCCCAAAGGAUCAGAGCACUCCAGCUUCAUCACCCGGAUUUUGGCGGGCUGCACCACAGGGGCCAUGGCGGUAACCUGUGCCCAGCCCACGGACGUGGUGAAGGUCCGAUUUCAGGCAAACAAGCACUUCGGGCCUGACGGCAGCAAGAAGUACAGCGGGACAAUGGACGCCUACAGGACCAUCGCGAGAGAGGAAGGGCUCAGGGGUCUGUGGAAAGGAACUUUCCCCAACAUCACAAGGAACGCCAUUGUCAACUGUGCUGAGAUGGUGACCUAUGACAUCAUCAAGGAGAAGCUGCUGGACUAUCACCUGCUCACCGACAACUUCCCCUGCCACUUUGUCUCUGCCUUUGGAGCCGGUUUCUGUGCCACAGUGGUGGCCUCCCCAGUGGACGUGGUGAAGACCCGGUAUAUGAACUCGCUCCCAGGCCAAUACCGCAGCCCCCUGGACUGUAUGCUGAAGAUGGUGGCCCGGGAGGGUGCCUCAGCCUUCUACAAGGGAUUUACACCCUCCUUUUUGCGCCUGGGAAUCUGGAACGUGGUGAUGUUUGUUACCUAUGAGCAGCUGAAACGGGCCUUGAUGAACGUCCAGAUGCUACGGGAAUCUCCGUUUUGA